CUCUUUUUUCAAUAGAUAACAGAAUGAUUCUUCUGGUGGACUCAGCAGAACCGGGGGAAAUGUCUCCGAACCCCAAUCCUGGUCUAUGUGUUAUGCUCAAGUUGUUUUCGUAAGGAAAAUGAGGUGGAGAAAAUGAGACUGGCUAAGACAGAUUCGUCUUUACCGGCUGUUAAUUAGACCAGCGAGCGUCUGCACCUUUCCAGUCUUCCCAAAGGAUGGAUGGAGGUCCGGAAUCACUCACAAUGGAGGCAAGCAAGCAGAUGCGAGUGUCUCGGCCAUACAAAAUCAGCGAAUCUUCAAAGGUGUACCACUGGGCUGACCACUCCACCACAGUGCUGCAGCGGCUGAAUGAGCAGCGGCUGCAUGGCCUCUUCUGUGACGUGGUCCUCGUGGUGGAAGAGCAGCAAGUGCCCGCCCACCGCAACCUUCUGGCUGUCUGUAGCGACUACUUCAACUCCAUGUUCACUCUGGGCAUGCGUGAGGCUUUCCAGAAGGAGGUGGAACUGGUCGGCGCCUCCUACGUGGGGCUCAAGGCCGUGGUGGACUUCCUGUACAGCAGUGAGCUGGAGCUGGACGGCAACAACAUUGACUACAUCCUGGAAACAGCGCACCUGCUGCAGAUCUGGACGGUGGUGGACUUCUGCUGUGAGUACCUGGAGCAGGAGGUGAGUGAGGACAAUUAUCUCUACCUCCAGGAGCUGGCUUCCAUAUACAGCCUCAAGCGGCUGGAUGCCUUCAUCGACAGCUUUGUCCUGAGCCACUUCAGCACCCUGUCCUUCACGCCUGACUUCCUGCAGAACGUCUCUGUGCAGAAGCUGUGUGUCUACCUGAGCAGUGGCCAGGUACAGCACACCUGGGAGUAUGACCUGCUGCAGGCAGCUCUGCAGUGGCUCACCCAGCAGCCGGAGCGCGAGGCGCACACCUGCCGGGUGCUCGAAAACAUCCGCUUCCCCCUCUUCCCUGAGGACAUCCUGCUCCAGCGUGUGAAGCUGGCCAUGGGCUCGCUGUUGCCCAGUGUGGCUGACGGCGAGGGCUUCGUGGAGGAGGCCCUGAACUACCACAGCAACCUGGUGGCGCAGCCUGUCCUGCAGACAAAGCGAACAGAGCUGCGUUCUGAGGAGUGCUUGCUCUUCGUGGGUGGCGAGGUCUCUGAGCGGUGUCUGGAGCUGAGCGAUGACACCUGCUUCCUAGACACCAAGAACGAACAGUGGGUGAAGGAGACAUCCCUGCCGGCCCGCCGGAGCCACCACUGCGUUGCCGUGCUGGGGGGCUUCAUCUUCAUUGCUGGUGGCAGCUUCUCGAGAGACAACGGAGGGGAUGCAGCCUCCAACCUUCUUUAUAGGUAUGACCCCCGCCGUAAACAGUGGAUCAAGGUGGCCUCCAUGAACCAGCGCCGUGUGGAUUUCUACCUGGCCUCCAUUGAAGACAUGCUAGUGGCUGUUGGUGGCCGGAACGAGAACGGAGCAUUGUCUUCUGUAGAGACCUACAGCCCCAAGACCAACUCCUGGACUUAUGUGGCUGGCUUACCAAGGUUCACCUAUGGUCACGCAGGCACUAUCUACAAAGACUUCGUGUACAUCUCAGGGGGCCACGACUACCAGAUUGGCCCGUACCGCAAGAACCUGCUGUGCUAUGACCACCGGACGGACGUGUGGGAGGAGAGGCGGCCCAUGACGACAGCCCGAGGCUGGCACAGCAUGUGCAGCCUGGGUGACAGCAUCUAUUCCAUUGGGGGCAGCGACGACCACGUGGAAUCCAUGGAGCGCUUCGACGUGCUGGGCGUGGAGGCCUACAGCCCUCAGUGCAACCAGUGGACCCGUGUGGCACCGCUGCUGCAGGCCAACAGCGAAUCGGGCGUGGCCGUGUGGCAGGGCCGUAUCUACAUCCUGGGCGGCUACAGCUGGGAGAACACGGCCUUCUCCAGGGCUGUGCAGGUGUAUGACCGUGAAGCCGACAGGUGGAGCAGGGGUCCAGACCUCCCCAAUGCCAUUGCAGGCGUGUCGGCCUGUGUGUGUGCCCUCAACCCGAGGCUGGAGGAAAAGAAGAAGAGGAGCAAGGACAAGUGCCAGGACCGAGGUCAGUGACACCGAGUCUGGCAGAGCGGCCACAUUCACGGCUGUCACACCCUAGGAGCUUUUUUGUACUUUUUUCAUUCCUGGUAUUUCUAUGCUAUCACAGUAAAUAAUAAUUAAAUAUUCUUCACAGCUUUACAUAUUAUCUUGUUUGAAUACUUGCACUUGGGUCGUCAUGUCUGCAUGGGCCUUCUUCCCGGGUCACACACCCCUGAAGGUCCCUGUGACUGUUCCUAUCCACACUUACUGGCUCACAGGUUAUAUGAAAAAAUUGGUAGUGAAAAUCAGUGUCCCCAAGUUUUGGGCUUCCCCAAACCUAGCUGCAGCUUUCGUACAGACACCCAAGCUGUGCUGAGGUACUAGAGGCCUGUCCAGAGACUUGAGUUCUGAGCGUCAGCUGCAUUCUGCAUUCAGUUACCUCAGGCAAGGGCACACAUGUUCGUUGUGCAUUUAAAGACACGGGGAUCCCAAGCUCCCUGGACAGGCAGGCGAGACCCAGGGACUCUUGAUUUUCUUGCUGAAGGUUCCAUAGCAGCCGAUUCUUUUCCUGAAUAGUGUCAUCUUCCCUGGCUGGAAAUCUCUGUAAAUUCUCUGUCGUUGAGAAGGAAGGGUAGGGAAAGGCGGCGCAAACAUAUUUAUGUGCGGUAUUCCGUAGCGUGAGCUGCCUACCUAAUGUCACUGUCGUAGCGAGCUCCCCAAAUCUGCCUUCAUUUUUUAAAAAAUAUUUAUUUAUUUAUUUAUUAAUUAUGUAUACAAUAUUCUGUCUGCGUGUAUGCCUGCAGGCCAG